GAAGGGCCAAGUUUAGAAGGGAAGAGAAGUAGGAAGGAGGGCAUCCCUCCAGAGAGUGAGAGAAAGAGAGAUCCUGGCCUGAGAUCUCUGCUUCCCGCCCACGGGCCCUGGGUACAUGUGGAGCCUUGGCCUUUUGGAGCAGGGGAGCAAGGCAGACAGAUGCUCUUUGGGGCAGGAAGCCCUAGCCUGGGGGAGGUGGGAAAGCUGAAGUGCCCAGCUCUCCAUUCCCCCCUUCCCCCGCCUUUGGCUUGGCUGAGAGCCCUUCCAAGAGGGCUCUGCUGGCAUUGGGCCUCCUGGGAUGGGUUUGGACCCAGAGACAGAGCUGGGCCUGCCUCUUCCCCUCCCUUUGGCUUCAGAGCUUCCCCCUGCAGCAGGCAUGAUGAGGCUGGCUCUUCUCUGCUGAGUGUACAUGUGUGCAUGCUUCAGAAGAGCCCUGCAUAUGUCCUGACGCCCAGCUCCCAAUCAGAGCCGUGGCCCCUCCUGGGCACAGACAUUCUUCCCUGGGGCCUAGGCAACCCGUCUCCCCCAAGGUCCAGAGUAUGGUGGUGAUACUAGCCCUCUGCUCCAUCAUCUGGCUAAAUCGGGGCUUCAAGCUGCGGAAAAGUGGCUAGGGCCCCCGGCCCCCUGCCCCGCUCUGCUGACACUGCCACCCCCUCCUCACUCCACCCCUCUCGCCAUGUGGCUGUUGGCCCAUAGCUGAGCUCCUGUCUUCUUUGGUCCGGGGGGGGGGUGCUGCCUCUCCUCGCCCAGCCAUCAUGGGCAGCGCCGAGGGCUUCCAGUACCGGGCCCUUUACCAGUACCACAAGGAGCGUGAGGAGGACCUUGACUUGCUCCCUGGCGACAUCCUCGUAGUGAGCAAGGGCACGCUGGAGGCUCUCGGAUUCCAGGAUGGCGAUGAGCAGAGCCCUCACCACAUCGGCUGGAUCCUCGGCGUCAAUGAGCGUACCAAGCAGAAGGGAGACUUCCCAGGCACUUAUGUGGAGUAUCUGGGUCCUGUGAAGAUCGCCCUGCCCUCCCACCGCCCCCGAGGCCACAGGCCGUUGCCGGCCACGCCAGGGGCAGGGCCUGUCCGUCCCCGGGACUCCCCUGAGCCAGCUGGUACCCUGCUCCCUGACCUGCCGGAGCAGUUUGUCCCUCCCGAGGCAGCACCGCCCAUCCUUCAGAAGUUGGUGGAAGCCAUUGAACACAAAGGGCUGGACAGCGAGAUGCUCUAUAGACCAUCUGGUUGUGCGAUGCGGCCACUCAGAAUUGACUGGACUCUGAGUGACGUGGAUCAGUGGGAUGUGGCCACCCUUUCUGAGGCCCUGAAGGGCUACCUACAAGCUUUGCCCAGGCCCCUUGUGCCACCUGGAGCCCAUGGAGAUAUGCUUCAUGCCUUGCAGGAGAUAGCCGGUCCAGCCUCAGCGGCGGCAUCAGCGGGAUGGAGGAGGCAGCAGCUGCAGGCAGUGCUGGAGCCUCCCCUGGUGCCCCUGCACAACGCCCUGACUCUGCGCUUCCUGCUCCAGCACCUGCGGAGGGUGGCCCGGCAGGCCCAGGCCCAAGCCCAGGGCAGCGGCCUGGGCCCCCGGGCCCUCUCAGAGAUCUUUGGACCUCUCCUCCUUCGGCUGCCGGCCACUGGGCCUGAGCAGACCCCUGACUUCUCGGCUCUGUUCCUGGAAAUGCUGCUACAGGAGCAGGAGGAGGAGGAGGAGGAGCCAGUGCCCCCAGCCCUACCCCCAAAGCCUCCCAAACCCAAGGUCCAGGCUGGUAGCUUGUCUAAUGGAAGCCACGCCCCCCUUCAGGAAGCUGAGUGGUAUUGGGGCGACAUUUCCAGGGAAGAGGUGAAUGAGAAACUUCGUGACACUCCAGAUGGUACCUUCCUCGUCCGGGACGCAUCUAGCAAGAUCCAGGGUGAAUACACGCUGACCCUCAGGAAGGGCGGUAAUAACAAACUGAUCAAAGUCUUCCACCGAGAUGGGCAGUACGGCUUCUCCGAGCCCCUGACCUUUGGCUCCGUGGUGGAGCUCAUCACCCACUACAGACACGAGUCGCUGGCCCAGUACAAUGCCAAGCUGGACACUCGGCUGCUCUAUCCCGUGUCCAAGCAUCAGCAGGACCAGGUGGUGAAGGAGGACAGCAUCGAGGCCGUUGGUGAACAGCUGAAGGUUUAUCAUCAGCAGUACCAGGACAAGAGCCGAGAAUAUGACCUGCUCUAUGAGGAAUAUACCCGUACUUCCCAGGAGCUGCAGAUGAAGCGCACAGCCAUCGAGGCCUUCAACGAGACCAUCAAAAUCUUUGAGGAGCAGGGCCAGACACAGGAAAAGUGCAGCAAGGAUUACCUGGAACGCUUCCGGCGAGAGGGCAAUGAGAAGGAGAUUCAGCGGAUCCUGAUGAAUUCUGAGAAGCUCAAGUCCCGAAUAGCAGAGAUUCACGACAGCAAAAUGAAGCUGGAGCAGGACCUGCGGGCCCAGGCAGCCGACAACCGAGAGAUAGACAAACGCAUGAACAGCCUCAAGCCUGACCUCAUGCAGCUACGGAAAAUCCGGGACCAGUACCUAGUGUGGCUCACCCAGAAGGGAGCCCGGCAGAAGAAGAUUAAUGAGUGGCUGGGAAUCAAGAACGAUACUGAAGACCAGUAUUCUAUGGUGGAUGAGGAAGAGGACCUGCCCCAUCAGGAGGAGCGGACGUGGUACGUUGGGAAGAUCAACCGAGGUCGGGCAGAGGAGAUGCUGAGUGGCAAGCGGGAUGGCACCUUCCUCAUCCGUGAGAGCAGCCAGCGGGGAUGCUACGCCUGUUCGGUGGUGGUGGACGGAGACACCAAACACUGCGUCAUCUACAAAACGGUGACCGGCUAUGGUUUUGCCGAGCCCUACAACCUGUACGCCUCCCUCAAGGACUUGGUGCUACAUUACAAGCAUACGUCGCUGGUUCAGCAUAACGACUCCCUCAAUGUGACGCUGGCCCACCCCGUGCUGUCUCCACCACCGCCUGCCCGCUGAGAGGCCUGGCCUGCUGGGCAGGACGGUGGCGAGGAGGGGAGCUGCAGGAACCGAGGUCUGCUUAGGAGCCACGGCCCUUCACCUCUCACUGCCUGCCCCUGCCCUCGUCCUGGACUUCCCACUGAUGAAGGCCCCCAGACCAGCCCUGCGGCUCCCUGCAGGAGUUAGGGUCUCGUGGCUGGACCAAGGGGUGUGUGUGUGUGUGUGUGUGUGUGUGUGUGUGUGUGUGUGUGUGUGUGUGUGUGUGUGUGUGUGUGUUUGUGUAUACGUAUGCACGUGUGCGUGUUUGCAUGUGUGCCUGAGUGUGCAUGCACGUGUCUCCCCCUUCAUUUCAGCCAGAAGGGGAAGUGGACUGGUUAAUUUUGGUCACGGUCCAUUGGUCACCCAGAUUUGUCCCUGACCCGCCCCUGGGAGGGAUGCCUUGAGGAGGAGAUGAACCCCAACGCUCGCCUCCAGGUUGGUCUGAAGCUCUUAGAAGUUAGCCACAUUCUCAAACCCCUUGGCCCUGUCCACUGUGACAGCAGGGGUUCCUGGGGAACCCUCGGAGACUGCCAGAGACCUUAGGGAUCAUCUAGUUCAAUGUACUUUGCAGAUGGGGAAACUGAGGCCCCCGGGCCAGGUUGGAAGGGGACCUCAGAGUGCAUCUGGUUCCCUUUGGACCUCCCUGAACAGGAGUCCCCUCCACUAGAUCCCCAGGGUUCUCGCCUCUGCUUGAACACCUUCAGCGAUGGGGUGCGCACUGCUUCCUGCUGCAGAAAGCCCCUUUGUUCCACUUUAGAACAGCUCCACAUAGUGGUUUUCCUUGUGUGGGAGCCAUGCAGUGAGAAGAGUCUGGAGACUUGAACCAAGUCUACCGACCCUCAGCUCGGCACUCUUCCUGUUGGGGCCAUCUGCUGACUCCUGGUGCUCAAGGGGUCAGAGGGCAAACCCUGCGUCCCUACAGCUACAGGAGGGAGAACAUCCCGGGUUAUGGCUCCCGACUCCCCUCCUCCUCACCCUCGUUAUUGGUGCUGCAGGCAGCCUCCCAUGCUUGAUGUCCAACCUUGUGUCCCAGAGGCUGGGAGCGUGGCAGGGUCUCACUCUAGCUGUUGCUCCUGCCCUCUGCCCCCUACUUGCUGUAGGAUCUUGGACACUUCCCCUAGCCUUUCUGGGCCUCAGUUUCCUCAUCUGUCAAAUGAUGGCGUUUGAUCAAAGCCAUAGGGACUAGUGCCACGCCCCACCCCUCCCUCCCUGGGCCUUGGCCUCUCAUGCAGAGGCCGUGAGUGGCCGGGGACUCCAUGGGGUAACUACAGGGCAGAGACAGGAACAUGUUUCCUGUGUGUGUGGCUGAGAAAGGGCUCUUGGUCAAGAGGCAGACCUUUGCUGCAUAGCUUCCGAGGUACUUCCACUGUGUAGGAGAGGGUAGCAGGAAGAAAGUGUGUGUCAAAGCGGGUCUCUGGGACAGUGUCGUCCCAUGGGAAGUGUCCCUCUCUGGGGUUUUAUGUUCCAGGGAGGGUGUUUCUUUGAAUAUAUGGGCACCUAGGGGGUGUGUCCUGCUGGGGCUGAGGGGAGGACUACCUCCACAUAUGAAUGAACCUUCGGAGUUGACUCUGCAGAGGGUAUUUCCCAGUGUGUGGAUCUCUGCUCAAGAGAGUGUGGGGGGGGGCGCCUCGAUCUGGGAGUGUGUAGUGAACUUGACCUCAGUCACCCUCCCUCUGGGUCACAGACCUCCUGGUUACUCUGUUCCCCUCUCUCAGGCCCACUUAUCUGUUAAGCCUACUCCAAGAGGUCAGGGUCAUUAUGCCCAAGCCACAAUCCGCACUCAUUCUUCUAGCCCGGUUGGGACUUUAAACUUGGGAGCAGAAGCAGGAUCCCAUCCUUACCCCUCGGCAGGAGGAUAAGGUCCUAGGUGCCUGGAGCAGCGACCAGAGCAGUGGCUCCUCUUAGGAGUCUGGGUCCUGCAGUCCCCCCCACACUGCCUUUGGGGGCCAAGAGCCAUCCCCCUCCUCUCCUCCCUCUAAGCCACUUAAAGCCUUCCUGCCCCACAAUGCAACCCCAGACCCAUAAAUAAGCCAUAGAACCGGGGUGGGGGUUGGGGGUCAGAGGCUCUGGGCCCCACCCCCCUUCUUCCCUCGAAUCCCACAGACCGUGACUCCAGGGGCAGCCAGGUAGAAAUAUGCUGCCUCUGACAUAUUCUGGGGUUAAAAUUUUAAAAGGGACUUACCAUAAGGUUUGCUCUAUCAUAGACACCCGAUAUGGGCUUAAUCCCUAUAUUGGGAGGCCUGUGCUCUGGCUUCUGGACCAGCCAGUUUGGGGAACGGGUGUUUUUGUUUAAACUCUCGCAGCACCACAGGAUGGUACUAUAAGAGUUCCCUCCAAGCCAGGGGGGCCCCUGAGCCAGCUGCCCUUGGGCAGGUCAUUGUAAAAUCCCUUCCAUCCCUUCCUUGGGAGUGUGACUUGGGGCUGGGGCCGGGUGGGGCACACAGCUUAACUUCCCUUCUCAAGAAGCUGGGUUUACUGAGAACUGAAACCUUUGUGUGAGGCUAGGUCUGCAGCUUUAGCUGUGACCAGGGAACAUGGAGUUCCCCCAGGAAGUCCACCAUAGCUUCAUUUCCCCCUUGGAGCCCCAUGAAGACCUCCCCACACCCCUAAUAUCCUCUUUUCUAAUAUAAGCUAGCUAGGUUUGUUUGUUUACAACUCUCUGACUGGUCCUAUGGGCUGAUGCAGCUUCCUCCUCCCUCCUUAGUCCCCUUGGGGUCAGGGUGCCUGCCUAGCCUAGCCCCCUGAGGUGAGAUGACCUUUGCACUUCCCUUCCCAGGGGACUCUGGGUGAAUGAGUGUGGAGAGACCCCUUAGGGGAAAAAAAAAUAUAACUGAGUUGGGGCACAGAGGGCCGCUGGUUGGGCCAUUCUGGGAAGUUUUUUUUUUUUGGCUUUUCUUAUUUGUGGUUGAUUUUGUUUUUAAAGGAAAAACUUUUUUUUUUUACUUAAAGAUGGAAGGAGGGCUGUGUUGGGGAAGGUUAGAUAUGCAAUAAAUGCUUAGCUGGCCUUCUGUU